AUUUCAGACAUCGCAAAAGGCUGAGCUGCAGAGCGACCGCGAGUGCCUGUACGUCUCUAUUUAUUUUUUUUUUUGUUGCUUUUCAACAAUACAUAUAUUUACAAUACGCGACACGUCGAACAGCGUAUGCAUUUUUUGUAGUUACUGCAGUGCUAAUUAAAUUUUAAUGCGCGCAAGUGUUAUUGAUACUCAACAACGCCCCGUCCUCCACACAGAUCCUACAUUUUUCCGUCAAAAAUUUAGUGCGUUGUUCCGUAAAAUUGAAUAGGGUGCUACAACAAUAUGUGGAGUCCCACACAUUGCAGUGUAACUGUGCAGCGCGCACGAGGACUUCUGACCAAGGGAAAAAAUGGCACCAACAACUGUUUUGUCACAAUUGCUCUGGGGAAGGAGAAGUAUCAGACAUCGGUUAAGGAUAAAGCCGAGUCGAGCGUCAACUGGAACGAGGAGUGUGAACUGAAAAUUCCGGAUCAAGGCAAUCGGGCAGAAUUGACGCUGACGUGCCUGCAUCGUAAUAAUCUGGGCAUUGAUGAGUUUCUUGGCCAGGCAACGCUACCGCUGAAGGACAUGGAUGUGUACGACAGGCCGCGUGCUAAGUGGUGCAAGCUAGAAAGUAAACCGGGUAAAGAGAAGAAAAACAAGGAGCGCGGCGAACUGGAGGUACGCAUAGCGUUUGUUGUCAAGUCCGGUUCGCUGACUGAUCUUAGCAAGAAAGACAAGCACAAGUCUUCCAUAGGCCAGUUGGCCAGUUCCGUUGGCGGCAGCCUGCUCUCCAUUGGUCAAGGCGAGAAGCGCAAAAGCAUUAAGAAGCUAGCAGGCUCGCUCAGCUCAAAGCUGCACAUCCGCAGCAAGAAGAAGCACGCUGAUGGCGAUGAAAGCGGCUCAUUCAGUGGAUCUUUUGCAAGCAUUGGUACCCCCAACAGCACUUCCGGAUUGGGCGGCAUUGGUGGCGGUAGUGGUCGCCGGCGGGGCCAACUAGCUGGCGAAGCCGAUCCCGGCGUUAUUAGCGAAGACGAGGACGAGUUUGUGUUUGAUAAUCUGUCCCACAAGAGCUCUGGCAGCUCGCUGAACAUACAGCGCUCUGGUCUGCAGGUGCCAGUCUCUAGUGCGAUAACUAAUUUUGCUCCACGCAAUCCAUCGCCGCUGCUAAGCAACGGAAACGACGUUUCAAAGGGGAAACUCAAUGGAGGUAAGCCCAAAUUGCAAGAGAUACUAGACGAGGAUCCAAUCGUUGCGGAGAUGGAACAGCUUGAGCUCGAUUUUAGCGUUCGUGCGCGCACUCUGCCACCUCCCUCGAAGCCGCCACGUACCCCGCAAACACAGCAGGAGGCGGAAAUCGAAAGUGAUCGUAAUGGGGAAGGAGAAGUUCAGAUAGAAGCGGUGUCUCCAAGACCCGUUUCGGAGCCAAAGCCAUCCCUCAAACUGGAUGAGUGGGAGUCAAAACUCUAUGGAGGAGACAAGUACCUUGAGAUUGGAAGCAGCGAUUCUUUAAAGCGUCGGAGCUGGGAAACACGUGUACCUCUGCCGGCAACCACCGAGGAGCCCCCACCGCCGCCAUUAGCAAGCUCGUCCUCUAGCUCGUCAGACACUGAGCUCGAUGAUGAAGAAGAGAUAGAGGAACAAACGACCAAGACAACGCCGCCACGACUUUUGUCAACUGAGGAAAGUAAGAGUAACUCCCUCUUCUCUCCCGAUGUGGAAGCACGUAACUUUAAUUCGUUUAACGCAAGCUUUGCCAAGUUUGAGCAACGCAAUAGCACAGCAAUCUUUGCGGAUGAGCAGGCUUCGCAUGAGCCGGUGCCAAGCUCAUCGCCGGAUGUGCGGCCCACGCCACAGCCACGUCUUACCAGCAGUGAACAAUUGAAAGCAAUGUCUUCGGCACUAGCCAAAGCAGAGAUUGCUGCUGAGGAGGAGGAAGCUGCACUUAAACGACGAGCUGAAGAGGAUGCGCGCCUGGAAGCCGAGCUGCGUUUGAAUGAACAGAGGUUGCGUGAAGAGGAGGCGGCCUUGAAGCAGGAGCUUGAGGUGCAUCAGGAAGAACAGUGUCGUCGUGAUGCGAAGCGGCGAGAAGAGGAUCAGCGACUCUUAAGCUUUGCCAAGCGCUCUACCUCUCUGGAGGAACAGUCAAAUACAGAGCCACAGAAAAUUUCAGAAGUCGCGGCGAUUGUGGCUGAUGUCGAUCCAAGCAUAGAUCACAACUUCUUAACGCCGGAGCAAUCGCCCAAGGAGUUCAGCAACAACAGCGGUGACAGCGGCGAGCGCUGGGAGAAACGACUGGGAAAAUUUAAAUAUGGCAAUAAGCGAGACAAACAGAAUGUUACUGAUAGUAACUCGCCAAGUCCCAAGUCCACGGAGCGCAUCAUUAUUGGGCACGAAAAAUCCGGCUCACACGCGGAACGUCGAUCUGAGAUCUCUGCUCAGUUGGCCAAAAAAUACGAGGGCAAGUCGCGUGAGGAGUUGAUGCUCAUCGCUAAUGGAAUGGAGAACGAGGCGUUGUUAAUGCGACAGCGCGUUAAGGAAUUGGAGGACUAUCUGGAUAAUUUGCUGUUGCGCGUUAUGGAAACGCACCCGAAGAUCUUGCAAAACCCUUAUUCGCGCACCACGUCGGCCAAAAGUUAUAAAAAUUACAUCAAUAUGAAUGACUUUUUAAAGUAAGUGCUGUGAAAUUUGCGCAUGUAGUUGCACCCACGCUUAACAAGCAACAACAAAACUCAUAUGCACCCGAACACACAACAGCUAAAACCAAGAACAACACCCCUGAGAACAUCAGAUCAGCAGCACUAGCGGCAGCAACAACAACCUCAACAUCAACAACAAGAACACCAGCAUCAGUUAGCAGUAACAGAAACAUCCGAAAUCUGAGCAAUGCGCUGAGUUGCUGAGAUCCCUGACAAAAGACGGCUAGUUGUCACAAGAGCAGGCCAAACUUCGUUCGAAGCAAGCAGCUUAUUGUCAGAGUGGAGAGAGGAUGAAGCUGAUGAGCCGCGUUUAAAUUAAGCACCAUCAAUUAAACACCAAGUUGCCUUUGUCUUUAGAGAAAUUCAAGUGCUUUCUUAUUGUAUUUUUUAGCAUUACACUCAAAACUCUUAGAAAUUAAGUUAUUUUUUUACUGGAUGACUAUUAAAAAGUCUGGAAAUCCAUAGCCUUAACUCUUUCUGUGUGCAUUGAAGUUUUGUAACAUGAUAUUCGGUCUUUCUUUUUUCGUGUAUUUGUAUUUAAAAGAAGUUAAAUUAUAUUAUUUGUAAAAUGUAAAUGAUUGUAAUCAAUUCGCUAAAUUAUUGGUUAGACAAUUGUGGAGUGUUUUGAAAAUUUGAUGAAAUUAUUUAAAAGUAUUCUUUUUUUUGCAUUUUAAAAUGUUUUUGUGUGAAGAAGUCUGCAAUUUGUAGCUAAGUAAGUCUUAAAUUAUUUAUGUACUAGAAGUUAAGUGGAGGAAAAGCAAUAAGAGCGAAAGGAAAAAUACAUACAGCUACACAUUAAAUGUUGACUAAAUAAUUUUACUUUUAAAACAAAAAAA